AUCAAAACAAGAUCGUGUCAGUUUGCACUUUCGCACAAUGCCGACGUCAACGAACAGGACGACGUCCUCCCUGGCGUUAAUCCACGGCAACAUACUCAUAUAUGCCUUCGCUUUCUGGCUGACGCAGCCUGUGUUGCCAUUCCUGCUGCAAGAGCUAAGCGCCGACAAGCUGCUCUUCUCUCGCUUUCAAACGUUUUGCUCGUUCCUGCAACUCCUCGGUGGUCCGUUAGCCGGUCGAAUCUGCGACACCUUUGGCUUCUCCAUCACCCUCGGUGCGUCCCAAGCCGCGGCCUCGCUCUCGUAUGCACUUCUGGCGGCUUCAACCUCCGUCCCAACUCUGUUCCUCAGCCAACUGCCCACCAUGUUCAUGCAUGCAAUGCACGCCGCUCAAUCGGCCAUGACCAUACUCGCACCAGACAACAUGCGUGCCACUGCAAUGGGGCGAUUGAGUCUGAGCUAUGGAGUCGGUAUGGUCCUCGGCUCGUACGUAGGCGGGGUCGUGUCCGUGGCGUACUCGACCAAACACUCUGCGAUUCUUGCCGCCGUCCUCUCGGCUGCUGUCCUCCCCGUCAACUGGGUCGUUUUCCAUGGCAUAUCCACUGCAACCCCCUCUUCAACAACCAACACAUUGAAAACAACGACGACUUCCCUUGACGUGUUCAAAAUCGUUCAAGUCCUUCGACAGCCACAGGUGUGGGGGACACUGACGACACAAGUGUUGCUGGGGCUAGCUCUGUCGCUUCACCGAAGUACAUUUUCUGACAUCCUCCGCCAGAACCUGUCUCUUGACCCUCAAGGCGUUGGGCUGGUCAUGUCCGUCAGCGGUGUGGUGAGUAUUCUUGCCAACGGCGUGCUGUUGCAGCUAUUCUUGUCGCGAUGGUCUGAACGAAGUGUAGCCCUGGUGGCGUCAGGUUUGAUUGCCCUCAGCUUUGGCGCAUACGCGAAUUUGGAGCUAGGACCCAGCGUUUUGCAGCCCCUGAUGGCCCUCACGGUGCUACUCAGUGGCGCGUCCGCCAUUGCGUAUACAGUCCUAUCCUCCCAAAUGUCGAAAGGAGCCAGCAAGGACGAUCGAGCAACUGCCAUCGGCCUCAGCCACGCCAGUCGCAGUGCGUGUGGCCUCGUUGCACCGACGUUGGGGACAAUGUUGCUCCAUGCUUACGGCUUCCAAGCGUUGGGCUACUUUUGCUCUGCAAUGGCUAGCUGCUCCGUCGUUUACUCGGCUCGUCAGUCGCCCUCCCUUGGCAAAACUAAAAAGGACGACUAACAAGUAGAUUUGGGCACUGACAUGUACUACUAUACGUAUACUGGCUGUCAGGACAUAGCUACCGAUGUGUUGUGCUUGUCCAAGUUUAUGGCAUUGAAGUUGACGUCGUUCGUCUCAUACUUGGAUUCUCACGAUGUAGCGUAAAAAGAUUCAACACGAUGGGAACGCGACGUUCAAUCGAUCGCGCUGCGUGUU